GUGCCUAGAGACGCUGCUCGGAGGCUGGAGGCUGCCGCAACCGACAAACGAGCUGUGGAAGCCCCGCACACUGCUGAUCGGACAGCCUGCUGAUCCCUUUGCGUACUGAGAUAUUUGGCCUUGCCGAGCCGCCGUAGAGAUGGGAGAUAACAUGUCCAAGCGACUGAAGCUGAUCUCGGGUACAGACGCAGAGAUGGAGGAGCGCUCUUUUUCAAACCCAUAUCCCGACUGGGACCAAGGAGUCCUCACCUCCAACUCUGGAGCGGACGUAGAUUGCAAUGACACCCUUGAUUCGGAAGGAAAGGUUAGCACAUACUUUCAGAAGAAGGUCCAGAGUAAGAUCAAAGAUCUCCUCCAGCAGAUGGAGGAAGGCCUAAAGACAGCCGACCCCCAUGACUUCUCCACCUACACCGGCUGGACAGGUCUGUCCCUGACUACUCUAAAAAUGUGA